AUGCCAGCAGGAAGCAAGGACUGGGUGAUCCGUAUCCCCAGGUCCGACAAUGCCAAUGAAUUCGUACUUGUAUACAUAGCUCCCUCUGGCAAAACAGCAUUGGACCUGAAGUUCAUCGCGACUGAAGGAGAGAAUCCAUAUGUAGGGUCAUUGCGACAAUCGCGUCUUAAGGAUAUCCGCGCAAAGAACUUUCAAGGGACCGAUCAAGAGCUUGAACAGAUACUGAAAUCUGUGCUCAGAAUCCAAAUUGAUACAUCUCAAUUAGGACCAAAGCAGGAUUCUGAGAUCGAGGCCACGGCUUUGAUAAAGGCGAAGGACGAGGUUAAUGAGCUGGUGAUUAACGUUCGUAAAAAGAUUGAUAGCAUCACUCAACGCGUCGCAACUCUAACACUAUCCCAAAACGAUGACCAAACCAUCGAACUCUUCGAAUGGAUGGGCCUCAUGCUCUCACGCACAGAUGUAUACGAGCACCAAAUCUCAACUCUAACCACCCAACUGCAAGCCGCUGAAAAAUCCAUCAAGGACCUUAAAACCAGCCUUGAUGAUUUGGUGCAGUCCAAGAGGGAGCAUGAAAACAUGCUGCUAGGAAGUUUUGCGCAGGUUCUUAAUGAGAAGAAGCUCAAGAUCAGGAAUCAGCAGAGACUCUUGGCGAGUGCGAAUGUUGAUUCUGAGAAGGCGCGAGAAUUGGAAUCAACCAUGGACCAAGAAGAAGAAGAAGAAGCCCCGAAAAGUCGACGCAACAAACGCAAAGCCCCAGCCCGACAACAAGACAAUGAGCCAUCAGAUUCAGAUGACGAAUUCGAGAAAAUGGACAUCGACAAGCCAACCCCCUCUCGAAGAGGUGUCGCUGCUGCUAAGGCCCAAGCAGAAGAGGAGGAAGAGGAAGAGGGAGUUGAGGAAGAUGAAAGACCCGAAACGCCUCAACCAUUAGAAGAAGAGACUGAAUCAGAGGCUGAGGAGGAGAGAAUGGCAUCUCCUCCGGACGAGCAACCACAGAAAUCUUCACGUCCGAAUUUGACCAGAGCGGCUGAUCCGCCACCUCCCCCGAGGAGAGACUUGCCAUUUUUGCGCAGAGGUAAAGGUGCCGAUACUGCUAAACGGGAGACGGAGAAGGUGCGUAAGCCAGAUGAAACGGGUGAAGCUACUGGAGGAGAAACGGAUGAUGAUGAGCUGUAA